AUGUCUGUCGCGUCCACCCUAUCUGCCGCACAUGAACAAGCCCUCCAAGCUGGCCUCCUGCCUCCUUGGCAUCCCCCUUCGCCGUCGGACUCACCUUCUCCCUCGUUCUCGCUCUCAACCGAGCGAAACAGCGUCAUUGGCAGCAGUCGCAGUAGCAGCAGCCAAGCCAGUGCCAACAAGGUCGUUGCAACCUUCAACUCGCACAUGGGCGCUGUCCCCACUGGCAAGAGGCAAGCACCGCCGCCGCCGCUCGACCUCUCCCACCCGCUGCAUCAUACCAACAGCAGUUCAGCGGCACCGCAAGCGAGGCGCGGCUACUGCUUCUGCGGCAAUCUGAUUCCAUCUGCGCGAGCGCGAACAAGCGCCGGCACCAGCGACAUGCAGCGGCACGGUAGCAUCGAUAGCACGCCCGACUCGGCGUACAGCCACGGCAGCACCAGCACCAGUAGCGACGACACGGCGCCCCGGACACCGGCGGACGCGCUGCCUACCGUCGCGUUGGCGACUUCGAAGCAUUUGCACUCCAACAAGCACAUGCGCGCUUUGCAGCUGCAGCAGUACGAGCAGGCCUCGCUCGAAAACGCCAUCGAGCAAGACGAAGAGGAACACGAAGUGGUAGAGGCAGAUGAGGGAGAGGAGGAGGAAGAUGACGAAGAGUCGCGCAUUUACUGCUCAUCAGCAUGUGCACGCUCCGAUGCGCUCUCCGCUCUGCUCGGUGGCCAAGAGCCUGCGGCUGCGCCGGUUUGUGCCUUCAUCAGCGCUGCUUCGAAGGCAUUCUCGAUCAGCACGGUGCCCGUCACACCCACCUCGCCACCACCGUCCUUCGCAGCAUCACUCACACAGUCGAAAGGCCAGCAGCAGCAGAAGCAGAUGAAGAAGACGGCGUGCCCAGGCGCGCCGGCGCGUACGCGUGCCCUCCCGGCGGCGGUUCCCUCGGCCACGGCAGCUGUACCUGCAUCAGGAAGUCAUGAAAGAAAACAAGCGGCUGCCAACAUGCUCUCCAAACUCUCGCGCUCCGCCUCGUCUUCAGUAGCGGACGCGUCGAUGCCCCGGCCGUUGCAGAGAACGAGAACAGGGGCGAUGGCGGCUGCAGGGGCAGUAGAAGCAGAAGCCCAAAGCGGCGACGGCAGCAGUGGCGUCAAGGAGAUGAGCGAUGUCGAGCAGCAGCGCCGCGAGCGUAUCCUACAACGCGCCAGUCGCACGAUCCAGGAUCGGUACCCGCUCCUGAUCAAUUGUCUGCAGCUUCACGAGCAGUUGCUGCCUUCUUCCUCUCUUUCUGCUACAGCUGCUGCUGCUCCCGAAGCUGCAUCAGCUCAGCUGGCGGCGCCCAGCGCUGAGCGUGUGCACGCUCCUGGACAUGUCGCUGAGUCCCCGUGGGAAGCUACAGGCGUAGUGGCUGCGAGGAGCGCUGGCAAUAGGGCGGACGACGCGGAGCAGCAGCAUGACAAGCCCGCACAUGCGCACCGGUUCGGCAGCUCACAUUACCGCCGGAUGGAGGCGCUCGCGUCAUACGCGUCGCAGCUGCAUGACAUCAUCGGCUCCGUAUACGCCUCGGAGGAGGAUGUGGACUGCCAGCAACCACAACAGCCGUGGCCGCAGUGCGAGGGCAAGCAGAAGGCAGCGGAAAAGGAGCACGGCCGCAGCGCGCGUCCUGACUCGCCCGCGCUCAAAACGUUCUCCUUUGGCUGCAAUGCCGGUCGCGCUUUUGAAGAUGAAACUCAUCUCGCCGACAGCGUGCCGACGGUGAAAAUGGCAAGAAGGACCUCUUCGCGCAAGGUCAGCCAUGUGCCUAUGGAAUCGACCUCGUCGCAGUCCUCUAACUCCACGCAGCAGUCGGACGUCAGCGACGCCAGCGCCUACAGCGCCAGCACAGCGGGCACGAGCGUCGACCUACAGCACCACCUCCGGUCUCAGCCGCAUCAAGGCGAGGCGCAAGACUACCGCCCUUCGCGCCACUCGCUCGAAGAGAGCAAGUUGGAGCUCGAGCGCGAAGCCAGGCUGCGCAAGGAGCUGCAAUCCUUGGAUCACGAGCUCAAGAAGACUUUUGACGCUUUUGAAUUUGACGAGCACCGCUCAUCCGAUGAGGAUGACGAGCGGACAUGCGGACCGUACACAUCGCCGCUCGGCUGGGGUCUUGCAGAUAGCCUGCUGACCCAUUUGCCAUCCAGCGCCGACUGGAAGCACACCACCUUUGCGUUGCAGCAGCAAGCAGUGCAGCAACAACAGAUCCGGCACUCGCGCUCCAUGGGUAACCUCCUCGGUCUGCAGCUCGGCUCUCCCGCGCCCGAUGCGCGCGCCUCCAUGGCCGCUUUUCCCGAGCACCAUCAGCAGCAGCUUCUCCGGCGCAGCGAAAGCGUUCGGUGCAGCAAGCGCAUCUCCACAGCGCAGAGGCUUGACCUGCUCGCUACGCCGCCUGCACCCGUGCAGAAACAAAAGGAGGAGUAUGAAUCUCAGCAACAGGCGCAGCCGCGGCUGGCAGAGGGUAGUCUUUCGGAGAGGCGCGACACUUUCAUUCCCACAUAUCCCGUCUCGCGUAAGGCACGGCAGCCGGUGUCAUUUGCGCUACCGGCAGCAACAGCAGCGGCAGCACCUGCAGCCAGCGCCUCACACACCAUCUUCUCAGCAAACCCCAUCAGCGCCGCACAAAAUAGCAACAACAACAGCAACAGCGUCCAAUUCCCUCUCCGGGCCUCUCGAAGCAUGUCCAGCCUCAAAGGCGGGCUGGGCCGCCUCGGUCGCAGGCCCGCGCCAGCCUCCCGGCAAGACGAGGAGCUUCAAGCGCUCCGCCUCGUUCAACGUCUCGAUACCGUUUUCAAAUCCAGCUGGGGCCAGAUUCGCGGCGUCCUCGGCAUGCAGCAGAAUGCCUGA